UGGUGCGGGGAGCGGGAGCGCGGAGAGGAGGCGGCCAGGGAAGGAGAUCACAAACAAAAGCUGAAACACACUCCGCCACUGACACCAUCGUUGUUCAGAUCUUCAGGCGCUGCUUCUUCGAUUCUCUUGCGUCCUCCAGAGAGACACGCCGACUAGCAAUAUGGUAUCGUCUCAGGUGGUCAACACAUACCCGCUUUCCAGCUACACCUUCGGGACCAAGGAGCCCAAGAUGGAGAAGGACACCUCCGUCGCUGAUCGACUUGCUCGUAUGAAAGUCAAUUACAUGAAGGAAGGGAUGAGGACCAGCGUAGAGGGCAUCUUAUUGGUACAAGAACACAAUCAUCCUCACAUACUUCUUUUACAAAUUGGAAAUACCUUCUGCAAACUUCCAGGUGGACGCCUCAAGCCAGGGGAGAAUGAAAUUGAGGGCCUGAGGAGAAAGUUGACCAGCAAGCUUGGUGCUAAUUCACCAGCCCUUGUGCCAGACUGGCAGAUAGGUGAGUGUGUCGCAAUCUGGUGGAGGCCAAACUUUGAAACCAUUAUGUAUCCAUACUGCCCUCCUCACAUAACAAAACCGAAGGAGUGCAAAAAACUUUUCCUUGUCCACCUCUCUGAGAGGGAGUACUUUGCAGUGCCCAAAAACCUUAAACUUCUUGCUGUCCCGUUGUUUGAACUGUAUGACAAUGUUCAGAGAUAUGGCCCUGUUAUAUCCACAAUUCCUCAGCAGCUCUCCAGAUUCCAGUUUAAGAUGAUCGCGAAUUGAAUUUAAAUCAGGAUCUUCUGUCCUGACGGCAUAGUAUUGCAGUCCUUUAGUAUUCCAAGAACAAUCACUGUUUAUCCUUUGUUAUCAUUGCAUAGACAGGCUAGUGUGCCGAAUUUGACAUUCAAUUUUCUGGAGAGAAAUAGAGAAAUAGACUGGCUAUAGGCUGCUUUAUGACAUGAUUUCUAUGUUAAUUGUUAGACUAUCGAUUGAUGUAUUGACUGAUUCUUGUAUUUUGUACAAGUUACAACCUUGUAUUUGUCUUGAGUCCUAGGAGGUUGCUCUUUGUGUACUACUAACAAGUAGAUAGUUAAGCUUGCCCUUGGAAAGAGGGAUGACUGGUGUCUGAUUCUGGUUGCGUUGUGAUUACCAUGAUACCGGCUGUUGCAGAUGCGGCGAUCCAGGUUGCCCUAAUUUUGUUAGUCUUGUAUGACAAUUUCAGCCAGUCUCAACUGAGUUAAUAGUUAGAGAAUAGGGUGACGGCCCUUCAUUUGAUUCACUUAUGAAAGAUUUAAAGCCAUAGCUGUAAUGUGUAGGAUUUGAAUGCAAAAUUGUGAUUGUAUGGUUUUGUAUGGGAUGGCCUGGGGAUGGUACUAUUUAGAAAUUGGGAUUUGAGGUUUGUACUGUGUACCGAACUCGGCUCCGCGUGAAACAUUAUCAGGCAGGCUUCUGUUUUUGUAAAUUGAAUCUUGCUAACAUUCUAUGCCCUUA